AUGGAGCCCAGCAGUACCAGAAAGACUUCCAAUAAAACCAGGAACGUAUGCCACCAGUUCCAGAAAACCGGAAAAUGCACCUACGGAGAUUCGUGCAAGUUUGCCCACCGCCAGCACGCAUCCCCGCAUCCUCCGCCGCCAGCUGGUGAGGGGCCUCCCCCGUAUUCAGACAGCGAAACUUCCGGGGAACCCAUCGACGAGUUCUUCUCGCAAUACUCGGGUUUCAAGCACAAACGCAAUGCCCCCUACUGGACCGAGUUCGGCCGCCUGUGCAGGCACUUCAAGUGGGACAGGCGUGAGCUAAAUGAGGCCAAGGCAGAGUUCAAGGCUGCCAUGGUAGAGCAAUUUAACACCACCUUUGGGACUGACGAGAAGAACUUGGAGUCAUGGCAGCGGCUCUGCCGGACUCUUGGGGUCGGAGUGCCCAACACCUUGAAAGAAUCUCGACAGCGUGUGCAGCGAACGCACGUCAACCUCGUCGACCUCACUGAGUCUCCCCAUACAGGAGAAAAGGCCGAGAUUUUCCCCACGGUCGAAGCCCUGCGGGAGUAUACGCUCGAGACGAGGAAGUUCUUCCCCAGAAAUGAAGCCCAUGCGGGCGGUUUACUCAAGACGCUACUCCGCCAGAUACUGGCGGCGCCUCCACCAAAAUCCCAAACAAAGCAGCCAGCAAGGAAGAGGGUGGAUUCAGGUGUUGACUUGAGCCACUCCGUUGCCUUGGAGGGUAACAGUCAGGCCAUCGUUACAGCAGGGAGUGACACGCGAAAGUCAAGGAUCACAGUGGCUCGGGACGGGUCUAUCAUUUUCAUGUCUCACGGGGUCUAA